AGACAGCAAGACAGUGAGACAGCGCAACCCAAGCCCAGCAGCGACCCACAACCACCAAACGAACAAGCACCAAGAAGCAAACCAUGCCACCACACCGGGUGUUCAUCUCGCUGCGCUUCAGCGAGGCCAUGGAGGAGAGCGAAGCCCUGAAGAAGGCGUUGGACAAGCGGGGCGUGCCCACGUUCCUGUGCGCCGUUUCCUCUGGCGACAGCAUCGCCGACGCCGUGAUCGAGGCCAUCGACGAGUGCGAGCUGGUGGUGAUCAUGGGCACGCACACGUACGGCGAGAAGACGGACAGCAAGUUCAGCUCGCGCGAGGAGCUCGAGUUCAUCAUCAACGACGAGAAGCCGUUCUUCCUGGUGAAGAUGUGCGACCGCUUCAAGCACGCCAAGACGCGCUUCUGGCUUCCGCCCACCAUCGCCUACCACCCAUGGCAGCCGCAGGGUGCCGAGCGCUCCGCUCCGCCAGACGAGCUUGUGGACGCCAUCAUCGCCAAGCUCAAGGACGUGACCGGCGUCGGUUCACCAGUGAAGCUGCAGCAACCACAAUCAACUAGCUCAGCGUCCUCUUCCCAAGUUCAUGGGGUGCGUGCAGUCAGUGGCGGUAGUGCUGAGGACGCCGUGCGCAAGCUGCAGACCAACGGCCGUAGCAUGCACGCGGCUGAGAUUGUGCAGUUGAUGCAGGCGUUUCCCGCCUCUGCUGACGUGCAACGUUUUGCCUGCAAGGUACUGGAAGGCCAGGCAAUGGACGGUGAGCCAAAGCGUGUGGAGGCGGUUGCAUCCGGCGCCAUCGACGCAAUCAUCAAGGCGAUGAAGAUGCACAGCAGCAACGGCUCUGUGCAAAAGAAUGGGUGUGGUGCGCUGCAGAACCUGGCAGUGAACGACGACAACGCGGUAGCGAUUGCGUCAAAGGGCGGGAUUGAUGUUGUGGUUGCGGCGAUGAAGAUGCACAACAGCAACGGCUCUGUGCAAAAGAAUGGGUGUGGUGCGCUGCAGAACCUGGCAGUGAACGAUGACAACGACGUUGCGAUCGCGUCAAAGGGUGGGAUUGAUGCUGUGAUUGCGGCGAUGAAGUUGCACAACAGCAACGGUGGUGUGCAAGAGCAAGGGUGUGGUGCGUUGUGGAGCCUGGCAAUGAACGACGACAACAGGGUGGUGAUUGGAUUGAAGGGUGGGAUUGAUGCUGUGAUCGCGGCGAUGAAGACGCACAGCAGCAACGGUGGUGUGCAAGAGAAUGGGUGUGCUGCGCUGCGAAACCUGGCAAUGAACGACGACAACAAGGCUGCGAUUGGAUUGAAUGGUGGGAUUGAUGCUGUGAUUGCGGCGAUGAACAGCCACACCAGCAACGUCGGUGUGCAAGAGCAAGGGUGUGCUGCGCUGGGGAACCUGGCAUACAACAAUGAUGACAACAAGGCUGCGGUUGGAUUGAAUGGUGGGAUUGAUGCUGUGAUUGCGGCGAUGAAGAACUACACCAACAAAGGCGAUGUGCAAGAGAGUGGGUGUAAUGCACUUGUAGUCAUCGCAUCUCACCCUGGCUUGAGCGAUCACCUUCGUUCCGAAAACGUGUCUCUCCUCGCCAGACAGGCCAAGGAGAACCACCCAAGCAACCGUGGUGUGCAGCAACAGGCAGACCGCUUGCUCAGCAAGCUUGCCUGACCCUCUUCCGAACCCCUGCUCCCUUCUGAUGUUUUCUGCGUUUCCUGUUGCUUGCCCUGCCUCCACAUCUCGCCUUGUGUUUGUGUCUCCAUGUCACCUCGUUUCGCCAUCACCACCAUCAUGAUCACAUUCGUGUCCACAACACGUCCAGUUCCGGCUUUGCUUGAUGAGGGAGCUGUCUUGCCCUUGCUUGCUUGAAUUCGUUUGGUGUCUACUUUCUUGCAGACUUGUUUCGGUCGCUUGUUUGUUCGUUCGUUCAUGUGCUCUUCGUUCACUGGUUCAUGCACAUCGGUUGCAUCAACCCAGUAGUAACCAUCAACAACAAACACAUGCACACACA